AUGGAGUCCCAGCUUCCCGAAAAGGAGGACGACGUGAUGCUGGAACAGGUGCCGCUGAUGCAGGACGAGGAGAGUCACAGCGCCAGAUCACCAUCUCGGCGCAAUGCUUCGAUUCUCAAGGCCGCCUUCGCUGGCGUAGGGCUUUUGCUCGUCUUUACGGCUCUGAAUUUCCACAGUCACUCUUUUUUUCGAUCAGUAAGCCUUCCGAGCUGGCUUCGAAAGGCACAUGGUUCGGCUGGCUCCGAUACUUGUCUGACUCCGGCGUGCGUACAUGCUUCGUCCGAAAUAUUGUACAACUUGUCGCCAGACUACAAGACCAUCGACGCAUGUACCGACUUUGAAGAAAUGGUCUGUGGCGGAUGGAGGGACCGUCAUGACUUGAGACCAGAUCAAGGUGACGCCUUUACUGGCACCAUCAUGUCUGAGACUUCUCAGAUGCUGUUACGCCAUAUCCUGGAGGCUCCUUACCCAGAUUCUCCCACGCAAGCCGAUUUCUCACCAAAAUCGAACCACGUCACGGAAUCCAUAGACCAAGAGAACUUUGACAAGCUUCAAACAGCUUACAAUGCUUGCUUGGACGAAGACACGAUCAAGAGUCGUGGUGUUGCCCCAUUGAUCGAUAUGCUUAAUGAGACAAGUCACAGGCUGCUAUCUAGAUCUGCUGAAACAGAGAAGCCAUUGACAGAAGCCAUUACUUAUCUUGCCAAUCUGGGUAUAGCAGCGUUUGUGGCAGCCGGUACAGGCGCGGACGACCGGGACCCCGAUACCGUGGUUAUCUCAGUUGCUGCUCCUUAUUCGAUUGGACUUCCUGCCAAAGAGUUGUACACGGACGAGAAAAUCACGCAGAAGUAUGAAGAGGCUGUGUCACAAGUCAUGUCUGCUCUCUACCCUGAGAAAGCCACCAAGAUCGAUUCUCAUAGUCUUGUCGAGUUCGAGAAGAAGCUUGCUGCAGCAUCGCCAGAUGCCGAAGACCGAGACGAUGUCACAAAAUACUACAACCCAAUGUCACCUGGAGAGGCGGAUAGACUAGUCCCCCAAAUCAACCUCUCCAGCAUCCUAAAGAGCCUUGUCCCUGAGAACUAUGGUUUCGACCGAAUCAUCGUCAUGGCUCCGCAGUAUCUAAAAGAUCUCAGAAAGCUCUUGGACGACACCCCGAAGGAAAUCUUGCACACCUACAUCUCCUGGAAAGUGGUUCAGACAUUCAAUGGUUACAUCGAGGCGGAUGCUCUUGUUCCUUAUAAGCGUUUUCAAAACGAGUUACAAGGCAAGGACCCCGAUUCGUCGCCUGAACGUUGGAGGAAAUGCGUCAAUCACGUCGAUGGUGGUGUUGGUUGGCUUCUCAGUCGUUUUUUCGUUGAGAAGGCGUUUUCUGCAAAAGCCAAAGCCUUUGGAGACCAGAUUGUGUCAGACAUUAAGGACCAAUUCAUUGAGAAACUCAAAGUCACGGACUGGAUGGAGAAGGAGGUCGUCGAUCUUGCCAUAAAUAAGGUACACAAUAUCGUCCAGAAAAUUGGAUAUCCUGACAAGAGCCCAAAUAUCUUGGAUCCCGACACCCUGCAUGACUACUACAAGCCCGUCAAAGUCAAUGGCUCGACGUUUUUCGAGAACGCUGUUUCCAUGAGACGAUUGGAAGUACUCAAGGAAUGGUCGGCACUUGGUAAACCGGUCGACAGAGACCAAUGGGACAUGACAGUUCCAACGGUGAAUGCAUACUACAACCCACCGGGUAACGAAAUCGUGUUUCCGGCCGGCAUAAUGCAAUUCCCCGUCUUCGACGUCGAUGUGCCUCAGUACCUCAGCUACGGCGCGUUCGGAUCGGUCAGCGGGCACGAACUCUCGCACGCCUUCGACUCGACCGGGCGCCACUAUGACGACAACGGCAACUACACGGACUGGUGGACCGACAAGACGGUGGCCAACUUCAAGGAGCGCGCCGAGUGCUUCGUGGACCAAUACCACAACUUCACCAUCGAAGGCCGCGACGGCAAACCCUUGCACGUCAAUGGGAAGCUCACCCUGGGCGAAAACAUUGCCGACGCAGGUGGCGUCGCGGCCGCCUUUGCCGCGUGGAAGAAACGAUCCGCGGCCGAAGCCUCCGCUACCGCACGCUCGCCCCGAAGCCGAGGCCAAGAUCCGAAUUUGAACUUGCCUGGUCUCGACUUCUUCACGCAGGACCAAUUGUUCUUCGUGUCGUAUGCGAAUUGGUGGUGCGGCAAGACGCGCAAGGAGACGGCCAUCCAGAGAAUCUACACCGACCCUCAUUCUCCGAAGUGGGCGAGGAUCAUUGGGACCAUGGCCAAUUCGAGGGAUUUCAAGGAGAGUUUCAAGUGUGAGAACAAGGAGCCCGUGUGUGAAUUGUGGUGA